AUGUCCGGGCCGACAUCAACGUCGGAAGUCGCCGACGACCCCGAAUCUCUCACAAGCCCCCAGCCAGGGCCCCUCACAGCAACACGCACUCGGCGUGGGACCAACAGUCGGCGAACAACCAGUGUUGGUGUGCAAGACAACCAGCUCGUCCGCGUCGCGUCGGGAAACUCGACUUACAGCUUUGCCGGGGCGUCGCUCCGCCGCAUGGCUACGCACGAGACGGGCGAGUAUGUCGAGGAAACCGACGAUCGUCGAUCGCUGCAUACCCACGACGAGGAGCACGAGCACGAGCACGAGCACGAACACGAACACGAACACGGCCACAUCGACGAGCGUGUACCUGUCCAUGUCACCAGCGAUGGCCGUGAACCUCCCAUGACCACAGGAGAGAAGGUGCGGCCAGUGGAUGAAGAAGCAGCCGUUGGCGGGGAGGGUUCGCCCACCCCAGACGAGGAAGCAAAGGCGAAAAAGUACGCGUUGCAGGACCAGACCAACCUCCUCCCCGCCAAACAGGUCAUCAUGAUCUUCUGUGGUCUCAACUGUGCCCUCUUCUGCUCGUUAUUGGACCAAACCAUUGUCACAACCGCACUUCCCACUCUCGGCAGAGUCUUCAACCAAGCCAGCAUCGCUACUUGGGUCGGCACGGCAUACAUGCUCACCUCGACGGCCUUGCAACCAGUCUAUGGCCGCCUGUCCGACAUUUUCGGGCGCAAGGUCGUCCUCCUCGGCAGUCUCACCAUCUUCCUGUUCGGCUCGCUGGCGUGCGCUCUCGCCCAGACGAUGAUCGAGCUCAUCAUCUUCCGCGCUAUCCAAGGCCUCGGAGGUGGUGGUAUUCUUACUCUGUCGAUGAUUAUUAUAUCGGAUAUCGUCUCUCUGAAGGACAGAGGCAAAUUUCAAGGGUUCACUGGCGGAGUAGUCGCGAUUGCCAACUCUGUUGGCCCCAUCCUUGGAGGGGUGUUUACCGAGAAGGUGACAUGGAGGUGGUGUUUCUACAUCAAUCUGCCACUCACAGCUCUCGCGAUCGUGGUGGUUACCUUCCUCCUGCCCCUCAAGAAGAUCCAAGGCUCGUGGAUCGAAAAGCUCAAGAAACUCGACUUUUACGGUUCCAUCUUGACGCUGGCCUGGGCGAUCCUCGUGCUCCUCGCCCUCUCGUGGAGUGGAACAACAUACUCUUGGACCUCGGCGGCGGUUCUCGCCCCGCUCAUCAUCGGUAUCGCCCUUUUGGUCGUUUUCAUCAUCGUCGAGGCCAAGGUCGUCCCGCUUCCUCUGGUGCCCAUGUACAUUUUCAAGGACAUGACUGUCGCCGCGUCCAUGGCCACGACAUUCUGCAACGGCGCCGCAUUCUACGCAACGCUGUAUUACCUGCCACAGUACUUCCAGGUCGUCCGUGGCGACAGUCCCAUUCGGUCUGGUGUCAACAUGUUGCCUCUGACUUUUGUCCAGGUCUUCUUUUCCUUCAGCUCGGGCAUGCUGGUCAGCAAGACGGGCGACUACAAGUGGAACCUCAUGGCUGGGUUUUUCAUCUGGACCAUUGGACUUGGCCUCAUGUCCUCGAUGAAGGCCGACACACCCAUGGCUCACAUUUACGGCUUCCAAGUGCUCGUCGGCGUCGGUGCCGGGCAGACAUUCCAGACUAGUCUGAUCGCCAUCCAAGCCAGUGUCGCGCGCAAGGACAUGGCCACCGCCACGGGCUGUCGCAAUUUCCUGCGCAUGCUCGGCGGUACAGUGGCGCUCGCGGCGUGUGCGGCCAUCGUGAACAACAUUGCAAAGUCCCGCCUCAGCAAGCUGGACCUUGGCACCGAGCUCGUGGCCCAGAUCCUUCAGGACCCGACACAGCUGACAGACCUGGGACUGUCGGCUGCCCAGGUGGCACAGGUUCGCGCCAUCUAUGCACACGGGGUGGACGCGUGCUUCUGGCUGUGUGUCCCCAUGGCCGGCAUUUCGUUCUUCAUUACCGUCUUCUUCGUCAAGCGUAUCAGCCUCAAGCGCGAGGACGACGCCGAGCUCAAGGCCGCAGGCAAAGCUUGGGUCCAGGAGGAGAAGGCGCGCAAGAGGGCCAAACAUGGCCACGGCAACGAGGACGGAGACGAGCACAGCCAGGACGACCACGAGGGUGCAGCCCACUCGGGAAUCAGCGACCGGACUCUCACUUUCGAGGCUGAGGUGGUCAAGGACCUCGAGGCUGCUGGCAAGGGGAUUGAGGAGGCCGCUGUCGGUGUGGCGGCUGCACCCGAGAAGCGUCAGCCGUUGUAG